AACACAUCUGGUCUUCUGGAGUCUCCUCUGCUGUCUGUGUCUUCAGGCCACCAUGGCCCUGCUCAGGCCCCCGGUGCUUCUGCUAGCUCUGGUUGUCUCUGAACUUCACGGCCUGCCCUGGUUCAUAAAUGUCUCUGAGAGCCAGGGACCUGGUGCCAUCCUUUACUCCUUCCCCGUCAACUGCACGUCUUACGUGCCCACCCUGGAGUUGCUCUACGUGCGGCCACCAACCACCUUCUUUAACCCACCCAGCCUGAACAGGCAGCAGAAGACCUACAUGGCCAUGGUGACCUUAAGCAGCUCGGCCCGGCUGGAUGCCCUGGCAGUGAAUCACUACAGACUGCAGCUGCGGCUCACAUGUGGCAGGAAAGUGUUGGAGCCAACCCUCUCUGUGGGCGUGCACCGGGACCCUGGCUACAGCCCAUGUGCCAGCCAAUUUGCCAACCCAGGUGGGGAAAUCAUUCAGGUUCGGGAAACGGUCACCCCUGGGGCCCAGCUGUACACUCUGCUGCUCCCAGGCCUGCAACUCCAGCGUGCCCAGCUAAGCAUCAACAGUGCCCAGGACCCUCCAUACUUCCCUGGACCUUUCUCCAUCAAUGGGCAAGGCUGGCUGCUGGCACCAUCCCAGGGCCUCAAAGGCCAGGCUCCAAAGGUCUUCCCGCUUGACGUUUUGGUGAGCUUUGGCCAAAAUCAAAGCUGCCACAGGAUGCUGAAGGUGAAAGUUUUGCCUGAUCCCUCCAGUCAGAUCUCCUUCCUGGGACAGGCCCCAAAUGUCACCAUCCUGGAGGACCUGGCCCCCGGCAGUAAUGUAGUUCAGGUUCGAGCCCGGGGCUUAGACGUGCGCUACGAAAUCAUCUCCCCGGUGCCCUGCCCGCUCUUCUCCAUCGGACGUGAGGACGGCAUGGUCCGCACCACCGCACCCCUGGAGUUGGCGCCCGCCCGGGGCGUGGCGAUCACUAGGCUUCAGGUGAAGGCCUAUGAGCGGCGCAGACCGUGGGCCAGCGUUGACCUCGAUGUCACGGUGAACGUGCGUUCGGUCAACCGCUGGCCCCCGCGCUGCCUCCCAGCGAUGCUGGUGACUGAAAUCCCAGAGACCACGCCGGUGGGCACUGUGCUGAAAACCUUCACUUGCACUGAUCCCGACUCUGCUGGCUCCCCCCUCAACUACGAGCUGCGGUUCCACAGCCCGCCUGGUCCAGCUAGCCUCUGCCUUCGAGGCAGGGCCUUGGAGGUGAAUGCCACACUGGACUGUGACACUCCUGGGGCCUGCUUUCAGCAUGCAGCUUCCAUCCUGGUGCUCGAUGGUGGUCAGCCCCCCAUGACCAGUGAGGUGCCAGUAUUGGUGAUGGUGACUCCUGUCAAUGAGUUCUCCCCCGCCUGUGUCCCUCGCACAUUCCGGAUCCGGGAGGAUGCAGGGCCCCACACCCUGCUGGGCUCUGUGGUGGGCACAGACAAGGAUUACCCGCACAACAGCAUCGAGUACUACAUCUCUGGUGGGCCCACCACCUUCUCUGUGGACCGUUUCAGCGGGGAGGUUCACCUCCUGGGAUCUUUGGACUAUGAGCUGCAGACACUGUACAGGCUCACUGUCCUGGUGACUGACCAUAGCCAAGACCAGCACCCCACCCAGCGCCGCUCUGGCUCCUGCACCAUUACCAUCGAGGUUGAGGAUGUGAAUGACUAUGCCCCCAAGUGUCAGUCCCCAUUUCAAGAACUCACCAUCUAUGCUCCUCUGGGCCAUAGUGUGGAGGUGACCAAGGUGUCAUGUUGGGUUCCUCAGGAGCCACAGCGUCGGGCCUUCUCCUACAGCAUCGUGGGAGGGAACAGUCAGAGCCGAUUCAGCCUGCAAGGACCCAUCCUGGUGCACAAGAGCAUCACGUGGGGACCCCCCUGGCCAGAGCAGCCCCAUACUUAUGAGCUAUUGAUCCGGGUGGCUGAUGCAGGUCCCUCCAUCCCCCACCUCAGCACCACAGCCACUGUCAUUGUGCAUCUCAUUCCCUGGAGCACCAGCACAGUGACCACCCGCACCCACAGAUCCCCAGUGCCUUCGGUGAUGACACCCCUGCUUGUGACAGACGUGGAGGCUUUCUGGCAGCCGGAACCUUGGUUUGUGGUGGUGCUGACUGUGACAAGUGCCCUCUUUCUCUUGGCUCUGGGCUGGCUCUUCAGCAGGCUCUUCCAGGGGUUGGCCCAGAUGCCGCAGACACCAAGCAAAUCAGCCCAGGCUCUGCUACUAAACAGUAUCCAGGGAACUGAGGAGUCCAUUGAGGGGUUCACGGAGGCACCGAGGACAGAGAUGCCCCGGGCACCCAGCAGUGUCAUGAGCCUGCAGCACUUCGAUGGCAGAGCACAGGACUCCCGUACAGGCAGAGAAUACUUGUUCAACACGCUCACGGGAGCCCGGCGCUGGCUCUGAGGCCAAGAAGCUGCUUUGCUGCUUCACUACGUGUGGCAAUCCUUCUUCCCAUGAUCAGGAGUUGAGGCUGCAAGUUGAUUCUAUAAUAAACAAAAUUACAAACAGAAGAGUCCCAGGCUUGAAACCCACCUGUGGGAGAAGCUCUGAGAUCUGUUUCUUUGUUCUCACUUGGAGAGUGCUGCCUUGCCUUCUGGGAGCACUCUAGGGAGUA